AUGAGUCGGAUUAGUCACAUUUUUAUUUUGUAUAAAAUUUGCGAGAAGUUGACUAAGUCUAAUGCAAUUUUUAUAAACUUGGACUUGCCUUCUGUCCUUCAUCUUAUUAUUAUGCAUUAUUCUACAAGAGGUACCCUGAUUGAGUGCAUGUAUUCUUUGGAAACUCAUGCUAUGCUUGGUGGAUGCUGCCUUUGUGGGACAGGAGAAGAGCCCUCAAAGAAAUGCUCAUGAUGAUUCAUGCAGCAUAUUCUCAACCUUCAAGAUUAG